AUGGAAAUUUCAGCAGAGAAUCCAGGAAAAGAGAAGGAGCUGCAGGAGCUGAGGAAGGCUGUGGAGACUCUCAAGAGCUCUGCACAGACAGCAGUGGAGGACAGUGAUAGGACCUUUACUGAGAUUAUCCACUUCAUAGAGAAAAGCCGCUCGGAGGUGAAAGAGCAAAUCAGAGCUCAUGAGAAGGCUGAGGUGAGUCGCACUGAAGGACUCCUGAAGCAACUGGAGCAGGAGAUUUCUGAGCUGAAGAGAAGAGAUGCUGAGCUGGAGCAGCUUUCACACACAGAGGAUCACAUCCAUUUCCUCAAGACUUUCGAGUCUGAAGUCCAAGCUAUUUUGCCUUCAGAACCUACAACCAGAGAGGAGUUCCUACAAUACUCCUGUCACUUCACACUGGAUCCGAUCACAGCAUGCAGAUACCUCCAUCUGUCUGAAGGGAACAGGAGGGUGGACUGAGCCUGAACUGAGCCUCAGUCAUAUCCUGAUCAUCCAGAGAGAUUUGAUAAGAGGAAUCAGGUGCUGUGUAGAGAGGGUGUGUCCAGACACUGCUACUGGGAGGUUGAGUGGAGUGGAAAUAUGUUUUUUAUAGCAGUUUCAUAUAAAAGCAUCACCAGGAAAGGAGGGGGUCAUGAGUGUUUGUUUGGACAUAAUGAUCAGUCCUGGAGUCUGUACCUCACCAGCUCCAGCUCCUAUUUCUGGCACAAUGAUAAACACACUAAACUCCCUCUAGUGGUCAGCUCCAGAAUCGGAGUGUAUGUGGAUCACAGGGCAGGAACUCUGGCCUUCUACAGCAUCUCUGACACAAUGACUCUCCUGCACAGAGUCCAGACCACAUUCACUCACACACUCUACCCUGGGUUUUUGGUUGGCGCUACAUCAU